GGGGCAUUUGUAAAUUCAAACGCUACUUUCUGAUCACUUCCCGAAACACCUUCUGCUAUGAGUUUCCUUUUUGGAUCUAGGAAAUCCCCUGAAGAACAACUCAAGGAAAAUAGGCGAGCGAUUACAAGAACCAUUAGAGAAAUAGACAGAGAAAAAACUCAGCUAGAAAGGGAGCGUGUCCGAAUUACAAAUGAAAUCCGUAUGCUAGCGAAGCGUGGUCAGAUCGAUGCCGUAAGAGUAAUGGCGAAGCAGUUAGUCCGAACGGAGAACUACAUCAAAAAGUUCUCUUUGAUGCACUCAAAUUUGACAGCAUUAUCUAUGAAAGUCCAAACUAUUAAAUCAACUGCCACAAUGGCUAACGCUAUGAAACAAGUUGCACUGACAAUGAGACGUAUGAAUGCAUCAAUGCAGUUACCUCAAAUCCAAAGGAUUAUGAUGGAGUUUGAGAAGCAAACUGAAAUGAUGGAAAUGAAAGAAGAAAUGAUGGCAGACGUAAUAGAUGAUGCUAUUGGAGAAGAAGACGAAACUGAAGACUCCGAAAAUAUCGUAAACAAGGUUCUCGAAGAGCUUGGAAUUGACCUUAACGCACAGCUUAGUGACCUUCCAACAGCCAAGGAUACAGUUGGGAGUGGCGCAGUGGCUAAUUCACUUCGACCUCGGGCAGUUGCUACAGAUGGUGUGUCGACCAUAGAAAAUCCUCCUGCUUCUGGGUCUAACGACACUAUUGAUGAAAAUGACCUAGAAGCCCGACUAGCACGCCUUAAGAGGAAGUAAUCUCUUAUUUUAUCGCUGAUUUUGACGUCUUUUUUCUUCUCGAUUAUUAAGCCAACUUACGCUUGUGUACAUCCAUUAAUCCUAACCCAGCAUAAUAAAACAAUGCUCCCAGUCUACUAAUCUGCAAAACAAUAUUUCUUUAAUGACUUUUUUUAACACGAUCAAAUCCAAGCUUCUGGUUUUUAUGAAGAAGCAGUUUUUUACUUCGUGUUUAGAAACUUUAUGCGGUUUACUGUUCAAAAUUUUCGUAAAAUAUUAUUUUGUUCCUUUAACAUCAAGUUUCUUACUGUGACUUUUACUAAAUCAUUUUUUAUUUUCUUGCAACCACUGGACAUCAACGAGUAGUCUGAUACAUCUGAAACUAAAUUUUGCAUCACACAGCAACUAUUCAUAUCUACCACUUUUCAUAGGUCGUAGGGACUCCACAUCCAAUACGGUAUCAUUCUUUUCACAUAAACUGGCUUACAUCAAUAUGCCUCACCUCAGCUUGUCAAAAAGUUCUGUCAUACCCCGUCUCCAGCACGCACAACCAUUUAUACUUGGAAUUGUUUAAUGUAAUAGGACUUGCAUAUUUUUAUUUUUUUGUUGACUCAAAUAUCGGGAUUCAAGUUGAAUACUAGACCGUUAAACCUGAAAUGUACGGUGUGGAUGAAAGCGUCC